CAAACUACUACCCUACAGGCGAUAGGAAAUAAAAACCAAAUCCAUAAAUAAACAUGUGUCUAUAUAAACCACUAUAUAAAGAAGGAAAUUUUCAAACUAUUUCACAGCAACUAGUGUAUGUCAAAAUGGGCUCUGCUGCUAUGUUGAAGCACGUAUCUAACCUUCUAGUCAUAGCCCUUUUAAUACUGGGAACAUGUUCAGCACAUAAAUCAUCCGGCGGUAGUCACAAGGGCAGUAGCAGCAACAAGAGAGGUGGUUAUGGUUAUGGCUAUAAUGAUAUCCAAUAUGGUAACACCUUGGGACGUGGUCGAGGAAAUUUGCGUGGAUUGUCCAAUUGCUACAGCCGAGGGGCACGACCUUGUUAUGGAAUUGCGAAUGCUAUCCACUGUUACAACCCUCGUGAUCAAUGUAACGGACGACCCGACUGCCCAAUGGGUGAUGAUGAAAUGAAUUGUCAAGGUGGCGCCAAUGCCAUUCGGACCGUAUUUAGUACCCGAACUUCAACAAGAACAACAACAUCCACAUCCACAACAACAACAACUACAACAACAUCCACUACGACGACAGUUGCCUCAACUAUGACAACAAUGUCUACAUCGUCUAGAAAACUGACAGCCAUCGUUCCAUACAUAGCCACCUCCUCUGCAGCUACUGCUAUCUCUACGACAAGUAAAACUUAUGAUGCACUGAUGACAGUUCCUGCGGGUAUGUAUCCGAAUGCUGACAUCAUUUGCAUGGAUCUUAUGGCGGUUGCUGCUGCUGCUGUCGUACCCGCUGCGCGCCUUUAUCAUUAUCGGCCAGUCACGUGGACAAUUUCAAUCACACCAACUGCGCAUGUAUCAUGCAUGCCUUCCACAACCACAUAUGUAUAGGUUUAGUUCACGGUUGUUGUUUUUUCGACCGCACAAUAUAUGUAAAAAACAAUAAUAUAUGUAUUUCAAACAUGUUUUGGUAUUCAAAUAGUCUAAAUUCCACAAGAAAGCAAAUGAUUUGUAUAAAUAUCUGUUUUAUUGUAACUGUACCUCUUGUAAAAUUUAUUCAAAUUGGCUAUGAGCUUCAUUGAUAUCUUCAAAAUAAGAAAUCAUUCUUACGUCAUGGAAGGAGUUUGCAAGUAUAUAUUUUAUAAAACAGUAUAUUUCAAUAAUAAAAACCUAUUAAUAAUUAGAAUCCUGACUGAUCUAGUUUGUUUAUGAUUUUGCCGGUUAUCAUAGAAAUAAAUGUUUAUAACAUUAACUGGUUUACGCAACUGAAUAAUGCCUCCGUAUAUAAACAGUAAAACGAAAAACUUAUCUGUCUGUCAAGAUAAAAACGAAAGUUUGGUGAAAUAAGUUUUACUUUUAAUAUUUGUUCUUAAAAAGAAAAUAAUUCUUUAAAAAUAAAAGAAACAAAACUUGAGACAGAAUAUCAACGGCCUUACACGAUUUAGAUUUAACAGGUCACCGGCAAUCCUAAAUGGCGUUAUGAUAUUUGUAUUUUUUGACAAACUUAUUGAUUGUUCGAAAUGUAAGGUUAAAGUUUAUUCAAAAUUUUACCGAAAUGUCUUUUGUUUGCUAUGUGGUCAAAAUAAUGCAGCGUACAGAAUUAUUCACUGCCUUGAAAAUAAACAGACUGGGCGAUAUGGCAAGUUAUUGUGACCUAUUAGCAAAAAAGACAUUUGAGUACUUAUUUUUUCUUUUCAUUAUGCAUAAAGGUUUGUUUUUAUGAUAGGUUUUUAGACUUAACCUUGAUGUAGUACAAUAACCUUUAUCCCUGGUGAAUUAAAGAAUAAAUCAAUGAAAACUUU